CCUCACUUUCAUGCCAGCCAGGAAGAAGGCAGCGCACAAGCCAGCUGAGAAGACCCGACUGCAGCCUACGCGAAACCGCGUCAAGGUGACCGCAGCUCAACAAGCAGCACAGAAGACGGCCAAGAAGGCCUUUGUCUUGAACUCGGCGGCUCUGGGACAAAUCCCUGUCCAGGCAACUCUGAGUGGACUUGCCCUAGCUCGGCAGACGUUCGGCCCCCUCUUCCCUGUCGUACCCGCGUCUGAGGAUGCAUGGAACAACUAUGUCGCGAAUCGCUCCUCAACGCUCAGGGAGUUCGCCGUCAACCCUGAUAGAUCGCCUAAAGGACCAAACGACGACGUUAUCAAGCACGAAGUAGCGAAGCGGGUCUGUGAGCUGGAGUCAGAGAUGGGGGUAGCGCCGCCUGGCGUAUUCCGAAAGUGCGUCAUUGUACUUGACGAGAAGUACGAGCUCGUUGGAGAGGGAGAUAGUUUCCGAAGUGCAGAAAUACUCAGUCGCAUCUACAGCCCAGCUUCUCCCGCUUACAUCGAUGUACAUUUCGAGUACUACUCGGGGCCCUCUGCCGAAUCGCCAGGAAGUGUCAAGUGGCAGUAUGCACUUGGCUUCAAGGUCACGCAUGAUGUGACACUUUCCCCUGCAAACCUUUCUGCUCUCAAAGGUGAAGUAGGCGACUGGGAUGGCGUUCGAACGUCAUCUAUGCACCGGUCCAAUGGUUGGCGCUCGAUCUGCUGGGCUUUUUAUGACAACUCCCACAAAUCCAAUGUGGAAAGGCAACCAGGCCAGACUUCCGUCGAACACGGCCUUGUUGACAUCACUCCGAACGACGUCAUAGAUGUUUGCCAGCUACUCUUCGGGCGGACAGAGCAGCCGGCGGUCAACGCGAGCGCGGCGGAGCAGUUACACUACAGGCGAAAGCUCGUAUGGGGAGUGCGCAUGUUGCUCGCGUCGGUCGGUAUCGCAUAUCGAAUAGCCUGCGUUGUUUCCGAAGCCGACCUCUCUCCCCAUUUCUACGGUCCGGGAGUGAUCCCAUGGUUUCUCCAAAGCGUUACGACCGAUUUUUGGGUGGCUCGCGGCGUGCGCAGGGCAUGUGGUUUCUGGCUUCCCAGGGAUCCCGUAGAGGACACGUUGAACGAGGAGCGCCGUCGUCGAGAGGAGAGAAGUACUUGGGCGGCUAACGCUCUCAAAGACUCUGAAACAAAGGAGCGAGAGCUACACGAACUCUAUUAUAAAGGCUUUAUGGAUGCAUCACCAGGGGUGAGGCUUGGCAGCAGCGACAGCACCAAGUCCGAGCCGCUCUGCCAAGUCACUUCGAUACAACAUGCAGAACGUCGCAUCGCGCUACCAUCUCUACGCUCACUACACCUCGACGGGUUGGAGGGCACAUUUGUAUUCGAUCUAUUGGAUAGCUUCGCGUCGCAGCCGGUUUUGACGACCAUCGCUCACACCGAUCUUUGUUCCCCGACUUUUGCCAGGCGGAGCACGGGUGGGGGUCCCAUGAUCAUCGACAUCAACGCCUACGACGGAGAGGGUCUCAUCCGAGCCUCACACACUCUAGGCGGGUCGAUGUUGAGCGUCGGUCAAUGCCUAGGAGUAGGAGAUGUUGCCUUCCUGAGAUUAGGUGGAGGAACGCGGUCCUUCUCGGCGAUUCAUAUUUCGGAUUGUCAACUCUCCACGGAAGUUCUGGACUGGCUGCUGGAGGAACGGAUGACCUUUUCUUCUAUGCCGCAAAUGGAGAUAGUUCACGCGGUUCGCUCUGAUGUUGCUCGUUUUCAACAGGCUGCUUGA